AUGGAUGGCGGCUCGGGCGAACCUGAAAUCGUUAUUGAUCGUAGUUUCCUCACUGUCAAGAUGGAACAAUACAAGAAGGUGUUCCCCAAGUACGACGUGCUGGGGUGGUACUCCACGGGCACGGACGUGCGCCCUGCCGACAUGCACGUGCACAAGGCGUUGAUGGACAUCAACGAGAGCCCCAUCUAUCUGCUGCUCAACCCCGCCAUCAACCCUGCUGGAAAGGACCUCCCCAUCUCCAUCUUCGAAAGCGAGCUGCAUGUGAUAGACGGUGUUCCGUCACUCAUCUUCGUCUCUUCCACAUACACCAUCGAGACGGUGGAAGCAGAGCGCAUAUCAGUGGACCACGUGGCACACAUCAAGCCCUCCGAUGGCAGCUCAGCAGCCACUCACUUGGCAGCACACCUAACAGGGAUGCACAGUGCCAUCAAGAUGCUAACCACGCGGGUCAGACUACUGCACAGCCAUCUAGCCGCCAUGGAAUCAGGUGCAGUGCCGUACGACCACUCGGUGACGCGCCAGGUGUCCAGCCUCAUUCGCAGGCUGCCAGCUGUCGACUCCGACCGCUUUCACCGCCACUUCCUCACCGAAUUCAAUGAUACACUCCUCAUGACAUACCUCGCCAGUAUCACCAAAUCAACGAACACGAUAAACGAGCUAGUGGACCUAUUUGAUGUGGUGUAUGACAAGCAAUCGCGCAGAGCAGCUCGCACGGCGUUUGUCUAG